GGGUUGGAAUUUGCAAUAACAAACUGUUAUUGCAGUUAAAGACCAGUUAAUUGAAAGAAUAUUAUAGGUCUUGGUAAUGUAAAUUUUUAUUUUAAAAAAAUAAUGCAAAAUCUAUAAAUUUGUAAUGUCUUUCAAAAGUGAUGCCUUUUCACUUAUAUUGGCAACAAUGCUUCCAAACCAGUUUACCCAACAUUACAAACUGAAUGUUUACCAACUUUCGCUCUGUCUGGUUCUGUCAAAAUCAGAGAUAUUCUAGCGUUGUUGGAGUAAAGUUGUGUUUUUGUUGUUAACAAUAAAAAUGAGUUCGCAAAUAAGUACCAGAGAUAAACUGCUGUAUAUCGUGGACGAUAUUGAGUUGAUUGCCAAGGAAAUGAUUGAGAAUGCAAUUGCACCGAAGCACGCUAAGCUCUCUGGGGCUGACUAUGCACAGCUGACAGAAUUGCUUGUUGCUAAGGAUAAUGAGUUGAAGGAUACUCUGCAAUUAGCCUCUGAGCAGGCCGAUAUCGAUAAGAAAAUGGAUCUGCUGAAAGCCGAAGUGGACAGACAGGAUCAAGACAUCAAUCAGUUGCAGAAGCAGCUCAAGGAAGCUGAACAGAUACUUUCCACCGCAAUUUAUCAGGCCAACCAGAAGCUUCAGUCGAUUGCAAAGGCUAACAAGAGGCCAGUCUCCUCGGAGGAGUUGAUCAAGUUUGCACAUAGGAUUAGCGCUUCGAAUGCUGUUUGCGCGCCGUUGACAUGGCAGCAGGGUGAUCCCAGAAGACCCUAUCCCACUGACAUCGAGAUGAGGUUGGGUUUCCUCGGCAGAUUGAGUGAUCCUGUCAAUGGGCAUUUGCUGCAGCAGCAAAACAGUUUGUCUGAUAUCCAUAGAUCUGGACAUCCCGGUGGUAAGUCUAAAUUCUUGUUUACACUUUGCGAAUUGUUUACUGAUGGUUUCGUUUUAGAAAUUCCGGCAUCGCAGCCGAAUCAAUUUGCCUGGCAUCCAUCUGGUGAGAUACACAUGGGCGUCGGACAGGGCAGCGUCGCCAUGGACACGAGAAAUCAUAAGCAGGAGAACGAGGAUGUCGAGGUGAUGUCGACGGAUUCAAGCAGCAGCUCGUCCAGCGAUUCUCAAUAAGGACGGAAUUGUAUAUCAUCUAAUUAAGAGCAUCAUUAUCUUAUUUUUCACUGAUUCCGUGUUGCAAAAGUGAUACAACUCUUACUCAUGUUAUAUUGUAUAUAUCAUAAUUAUGUUGUAGGAUUAUUAGUGUAAGGUUAAAUGUAAAUUUACAUUUUUUUAUAUAUAAA